GCCCUCUCCCGCCUUCUGCUCCCUGCCCCCACCCCGCGCGCGUCCCCGCCGCGCCCCCUCCCCGCGCCUCCCCUCCGCGCGCGCCCGCCCGGCCGUCAGAGGCGAGCGCUCCGGCGGCGCGGACGCGGGGCGGGGAGGAGGCGCGGCGGCCGUUGCGGGCCGGCCCGCGGGGCUGAGGCCGAGCCGAACCGAGCCGAGCCGGGCCGGUGCACGGCCCGCGCCCACCAUGCGGCGGCUGCGGCGCCUGGCGCACCUGGUGCUCUUCUGCCCCUUCUCCAAGGGCCUGCAGGGCCGGCUCCCGGGCCUCAGGGUCAAGUACGUCUUCCUGGUCUGGCUGGGCGUCUUCGCGGGCAGCUGGCUGGCCUACGUUCACUACUCGUCCUACGCUGAGCUCUGCCGCGGGCAUAUCUGCCAGGUGGUCAUCUGUGACCAGUACCGCAAGGGCAUCAUCUCAGGCUCCAUCUGCCAGGACCUGUGCCAUCUGCACCAGGUGGAGUGGAGGACCUGCCUCUCCUCUGUCCCGGGCCAGCAGGUGUACAGCGGGCUCUGGCAGGGCAAGGAGGUGACCAUCAAGUGUGGCAUCGAGGAGAGCCUGGACUCGAAGGCGGGGGCAGACGCGGCCCCCCGGCGGGAGCUGGUCCUCUUUGACAAGCCCACCCGCGGCACCUCGAUUAAGGAGUUCCAGGAGAUGACCCUCAGCUUUCUCAAGGCAAACCUGGGAGACCUGCCCUCUCUGCCCGCACUGGCCGGACAGGUCCUGCUCAUGGCCGACUUCAACAAGGACCACAGGGUGUCCCUGGCCGAGGCCAAGUCAGUGUGGGCCCUGCUGCAGCGGAAUGAGUUCUUGCUGCUGCUGUCCCUGCAGGAGAAGGAGCACGCCUCCCGGCUGCUGGGCUACUGCGGGGACCUGUACCUCACCGAGGGGGUCCCGCACAGCUCCUGGCCCGGGGCCGUGCUCCCGCCCCUGCUGCGCCCGCUGCUGCCACCCGCCCUGCACGGCGCCCUGCAGCAGUGGCUGGGGCCCGCGUGGCCCUGGCGCGCCAAGAUUGCCAUCGGCCUGCUGGAGUUCGUGGAGGAGCUGUUCCACGGCGCCUAUGGAACCUUCUACAUGUGCGAGACCACGCUAGCCAACGUGGGCUACACAGCCAAGUACGACUUCAGGAUGGCUGACCUGCAGCAGGUGGCGCCCGAGGCCACCGUGCGCCGCUUCCUGCGGGGCCGCCACUGCGAGCACAGCUCGGACUGCACCUACGGGCGCGACUGCAGGGCGCCCUGCGACACGCUCCUGCGGCAGUGCAAGGGCGACCUGGUGCAGCCCAACCUGGCCAAGGUGUGCGAGCUGCUGCAGGACUACCUGCUGCCCGGCGCCCCCGCCGGCCUGCGCGCCGCGCUGGGCAAGCAGCUGCGCACAUGCACCACGCUGAGCGGGCUGGCCAGCCAGGUGGAGGCGCACCAUUCGCUGGUGCUCAGCCACCUCAAGACCCUGCUCUGGAAGGAGAUCUCCAACACCAAGUACACCUGACGGCCAGCCGGGCGCUCCCGCCCUGCCCCAAGAACCACUCCUGCCCUUGGCCCUCUCCCCACUUCCCCCACUGAAGGACAGGGCUGCUCCAGUGUCGACCCUAUGGGUCUCCAGAGCUCAGGCAGCCGUGGGGCAGGACACCCACCACCCCCAGGGUUUUCUAGGCUCCCAGACGCGACUGUGCAGCCGGAACGGGAGAGGCUGGGGGGAGAGGGAAGGACCUAGAGCCCGAGCACCGAGGGCUGGCCAAGGGACCUGCCUAGACCAAGGUUUUGUUACUUUGGAGAACAUGCGUGUAAAUAAAUGGAUUUUCCGUGA